AUGAAUACCGCAAGCAAUUGGAUUGUUAGGCGGGUCGAAACCCCAAAACUUUUGCGAACCCCCAUCCUCUCUCCUCACGAACGCAAUUGCUUCUCCUGGCCAACCCUCGCCAUCUCAAAAUCGACGCAAUUGGACACCUCUCAAUCGAUUUCUAAGGUUUCUCUUGUUAACGGUAUAUCGAUGGGUGGAGGUGCUUCGUUGAAGGUCCCAAUGAAGUUCUCUGUUGUGACUGAGAAAACUGUUUUUGCAACGCCAGAAGCAAGUAUUGGGUUUCACACUGAUUGUGGAUUCUCUUACAUUCAUUCACGUCUUCCUGGUCAUUUAGGAGAAUUCUUGGCUUUAACUGGGGCAAGAUUGAACGGCAAAGAACUUGUAGCAACUGGAAUGGCAACACAUUUUGUACCUUCUGCUAAACUGGCUGAUCUGGAGGCACGGCUUGUGAAUUUAGACUCAGGAGACGCAGAGGUAGUCCGAUCCACAAUUGAAGAGUUCUCCGAGAAAAUCAACCUCAACGAAGACAGCAUUCUCAACAACAAGCAGUCAAUAAUCAACGAGUGUUUCUCAAAAGAAAGUGUGAAGCAGAUCAUACAAGCAUUCGAAGCUGAAGGUAGCAAAGAAGGAAAUGAGUGGAUAGCUCCAGUCAUCAAAGGAUUAAAACGAUCCUCACCCACAGGGUUGAACAUAACCCUACACUCGAUCCGUGAAGGUAGAAAACAAACGCUAAGUGAUUGCCUCAAGAAGGAGUUUCGGCUCACUGUGAAUAUCUUGAGGAACACCAUAUCCCCUGACGUGUAUGAGGGUAUAAGAGCUCUGACCAUAGACAAAGACAAUUCUCCAAAGUGGAAUCCAGCGACGUUAGAUGAGGUUGAUGACGAGAAAAUCAACCUGGUGUUUAAGCCCUUAGAGGAUGAUAUUGAGCUUCACAUCCCUGAAACUGAAGAAAACAGCUCACACUCGGUGCAGCGAGGAUUACAAAUGAGGGUUUGCUCAAGUCUGUGUGUAGAAGAGCAGGAUUACAUGGGGAGAAUCAAGGAACUGCAGGAGCUUCUCGAUCAGGUGAGGACGAUAGUAAAACCGGAUUGCUCUCAAGAUGUUUUGAAAGCAGCUUUGAGUGUUUUGGCUUCGGUGCAUAAUAUCGAACUAUGA